UAUUUUAAGUUUCCUUCGAUUCAUUAACCUCAUCCCUGUCUCUCUCGUCUCUUUCUCGAAAAUAGCCCUCCUCACCGCUUCCGUUUUCUGUCUCGACGGUAAUCAAAAGCUGCCUAGAAGCCAACAUCAAAACCACCGCUUUCACCGCAGAUCUCUCUCCGCCGCAACCACUCCUCAGUCUCUCACGCUACCGCAAAUCUCCACCUACGAUCAUUUCCACGACCAUUCCUUCUUCUCACACAUAACUCCUCGCUUCAAAACGUAUUUACAGUUCUUAAUUUAGCUAUUCACCUCCUAACACAAAUGCUCAAAAACUUCAACUGUUUUUUUUACUGGAUUCAGGUUGCGUGUCUAGUAACAAGUAAAACAAGAAAAGAGUAGAAAAAAGGAAAGAAAGAGAUGUCAAAGCUGUUGGCACGGAUUGCUGGCUACCUGAGCAACCGAACUUUGGUGGGUGUAGACAAAGUAGGGAACCGCUAUUUCACCAGAACAGAAGAGAUCGAUGGUAUCAUGAAAGAGAAAAGAUGCGUAAUAUUCAAAGGGGAGGGGGAUCCAACCUCAAUAUCAGUUGAAUGGAUAUGCUGGCUGAACGGACAGCGUAAAAGGGCUCCAACUCCUGAGGAACAGAUGGAGUUGGAGGCAAGGCGUGAACUUGUGAAGCAAAAUGUGGCACUUCUCAAGCAAGAAGAAGAGGAAAGGAGAGCCAAAGAAAGCAGUUGUCACAAAGCCAAGAGCACUGGUAAAACUGGAGGUCCAGACUUGAAAAGUUUCAUUCACCAAUUUCCUACUGAAGGUAACGAGGAAGAAUCAGAUGCAGUUGAUAGAGGAAGGGGAGAAGAGGAAGCAGGGGCACAGAAAGCAAAAGAACCUUUGUCAGAUUUUUUUGUAGGCAUUCAGAACCAACUGGAUCUGGUUCAACCUUCAAGCCAGGGACAUGGCAACCACCAACAUGAGAUGGAUCAUAUUUUAAUGGUCGCCCAUAUUGGUAGUCAUUUUUCUCUUCACCAUUAUGAUCCCCGUUUCCUCAUUGGUUUUAUAUUGACUAGACUCAUAAAUUUCACCGAUGACAUUGUUGAACAAAUUACAUAUACUGCAAACUAUUUUGUUGGAAACUUUGAGAUUUUUGGGAGAUGGGGAUAACUCGGAUUGGUUUACUUUCAUAAUUUGUAUCAGCGAAAACAUAACUGAACUCGGGUUCAUACCAUGAAGCAGCCACAUCAGCCAUUCAAGAAGCCUUGGAGAGAUUACUCUGUUUAAAGGAGUUUAAAAUUUUUGGACCCUUAUACCUUUAACAGACGAGAAUAUGGACAUGAUAAACCUGUCGCUAAUAUCUCAGGCCAGCAUCAAGCUUCUCUCUCUCUCUGUUUUUUCAGUUGCAAUAGUUUCACAUUAGCAAUCAAUGAAUAAAACUCUUAUUCUGUACA